AAGGGCUAAAGGCCUACAGGUCUCAGCUGCGCAGCAGUGGCACCGCUCCUGGGCCCCUCCUGCCUUCUGGGCUGCUAGGCUUGGGGGACACAUCAAGGGGCGCCGGUGUUGGGGUGUCAGGGGUAAGCAGCGCGAACGACCAGACUCCGGGCGGUGCAGGACGCCGGCCGUGCGAGGGGCGGGGGCUAAGCGUAUCCAGGGGCGGUGCUGGAGGGCGCGGGAGGCGGGAGAGGCGGCGGCGCCUGGUGCCCUGGCAACCUCAGCCCCGCCCCGCCGCAUCCGGCCGGGUCCCGUCCCGCAGCGUCCCGCCCGCCUGCUCCUUGCACCCUCCCGGGGCGAGGUGCUCCGCGUUGCUCCUCGUGCAGCGAUGGCUCAGCACUUCUCUCUGGCUGCCUGCGACGUGGUCGGAUUCGACCUGGACCACACUCUGUGUCGCUACAACCUGCCCGAGAGCGCCCCGCUCGUUUAUAAUAGUUUUGCCCAGUUCCUAGUGAAGGAGAAAGGGUAUGAUAAAGAAUUGCUCAAUGUGACCCCAGAGGAUUGGGAUUUCUGUUGCAAGGGUUUGGCAUUGGAUCUAGAAGAUGGGAACUUCCUUAAACUUGCAGAUAAUGGCACUGUUCUCAGAGCAAGCCAUGGCACCAAGAUGAUGACUCCAGCAGUGCUGGCAGAGGCAUAUGGCAAGAAAGAGUGGAAGCACUUCUUGUCGGACACUGGAAUGGCUUGCCGCUCAGGAAAGUACUAUUUUUACGACAACUACUUUGACCUGCCAGGAGCUCUUCUAUGUGCCAGGGUGGUGGACUAUUUAACAAAACAGAACAAUGGUCAAAAAACAUUUGAUUUUUGGAAGGAUAUAGUUGCUGCUAUACAACACAAUUAUAAAAUGUCAGCUUUUAAGGUAAGAAGAUUGGCCACAUCCUUGCUUCAAGAUAUAUCCACAAGUUUCACAUUUAUUUAAGAGAUUAAAAUGGGUCCUAUGUUAUUUCAUUAGAAGUCCUGUCUUGCUAUUGUCAUCUUAUUGAUUAUUCUUGAGAUUAUUUUCUCUUCAUCUCUUACCUAAUAUUUGUUUAUUUACCAAUGUUACAUAAUCUGCUCUUAACAUUUUAGAGUUUUCCUUAAAGUAUCCCCAGUGAUCUGAAAAACAAAUUUGUAUCUUACAUUCUAUAAAAUAUAAAAGUUUGUUUCAUUUUUAAAUUUAUCGGUGAUUUUCAGACACUUAAACAAUUCAGUUUUUUAUUUAGCUUUUACUAUUUCAACAGUUAUUGAACUCAAAAUUGUUUACUAACAAAACAAAAUUUUUGAUACUUUCUGAACUUCUUUUCACAUUUAUGUGGUGAAGAGCAGCAAACACCCAUUUUGUCUUUGGUAAUUAUUUCAAUUUGGUAUGCAGUGUUGUACAGAGCACUGUGCCAGGUAGAAAUCUUCCCUUGCUUACUUGUGGAGAGCAGCACAGAAGUGAAAGGAUGCCCUCCUCCUUUUCCUGUCACAGUUAACAUAUGCACAGUUACCAGCCAUAAGUCCCACAGCCUGACUGUUGAUUAUGUUUACAGUUAAUACUGAUGAAAAAAAAACUUUCAUGCUUUGUGUGGUAGGCAGAUUGAGACAGGGAGAGUCUCUGGGGUAUGAUAAAGGAGAUUUAAGUCCAAUAUGCGGUUAAAAGGGAAUCAAGCAAAUAAUAAGUUAUCUAGGCAGCAGAACAAUGGUGGCUAUUUACUUGUGAUUUUUUAGACAGCUUGCUAAAUAAGCUUUAUCAUACUUUGACCUCCCAAAUUCAGAUAAAAGGGAUAAGAAGGAAUUUCUCAGAAUCUCCUGGACAAUAAGUAAAUAAUUGGAGUUGCUUCACUCAAAAUGGGGGAAAUAAAUCCCUUUGGAUUAAAUCCAGAGAAAUUCUUAGCUGGUCACCUGAAAUUUUCUCCUUAACAAAAGAAAGUAUGUGCCAGGGGGAAGAGAAGGUUAAAUAAAUUAUGGUUAAAUGAAUUAAAUAGGAAUAAAUCUAGAGGAAAUAUUUACUUUAUCUGUAUCUUAUAGUAUCCUGUAGUUAUGAUAUAACUUAUGUUUCUUAAACUUCAGUAUGCUAUAAAUCUUUUUGAUUUAUAUUGUUAAGUAUCAUGGUAUUCAAACUGAAUAGAAAGUUCGGAAAUAGACGCAAAAAGACUGGGAAAUUUAAUGUAUGAAAAAGAAAGCAUUUUAAAUCAGUGGAAAACAGAUUAUUCAAUAAGUGGUGUUUGGCCUAGGAAUAGCCAUCUGAAAAAAUACAGUUGUGCCCUACCUCAUACCUAAUAUCAAAAUAAAUUCCACAGAGAUCAAAAGUCUAUGCAUUA